UAGGGGGUCGUUACUUCGGCCUGAGCGGCUCUGUUGUGUGGCUGCCGGGCUCUGUGCGGGACCUCUGUGAGUGUUUUUUUCCCCGGGGUAAUUGUGUGGUGUGGGGAAGUUUCCAGAGACCGCGGCGGUGCACCACAGUGGGAAGAAAGGACCGAUUACUUUGCCUACAUGUGGCUUGCGGACUGCUGAUUGCGGCCAUGGUUCGGCUCUCCCUCGCUUGGCUCUGCGUGCUGUGGGGCUUUGUGGUGGUCACGACCUCAUUGACCAUCAGUUCUGCCAAGAGGAAGGCGGCAGGUCAUAGGUCCAGACAGGCUUUUGAGGCGGAGCCUGUUGACGGAGUGUGGUCAGUGUGGGGGGAGUGGUCAGAAUGCUCUCAAACCUGUGGAGUGGGUGUGUCUCACAGGACCAGGAAGUGCUUACCCCCUCCUCCACGUCCGCAGACCGCUCCUCUCUCCUUCGCUCCACCAAACUGGGCGGAUUAUUAUCCCGGGAGUGUCAGAGGACCUGCUAUAUCACCUGGAAACCCUUACUAUCCCUCUCAUUACCCCGGGCAACACCCAUCUUAUCACUCCCCAUCAGCCUCCAGGAGUCAUAACCCUGGAUUGCCACUAUAUAGAAACACAGGAGGAGAAGGGCCUCCUGUUCAAAGCAAUCAGUCGCCGUCCUUUUAUCACCCUGAAGUGUCCCCCUCUGGUCAAGAGCCUGCGUACCGACCCCCCUAUCACAUGAACUCACAGCGGUACAACCAGCAGCCCGCACGCGCCUUCAGGAGGCCGACCAAUCCAGGAGCAGCGAGGGCCGGCGGAGGCGGGAACAGGCGCUCCAUCCCCGCCAGUCGGGAAGGUUUGCCUUCAAGGAGGGCUUCUAGCGUCCGUCCGGGUCAGUUUGGGUACGGUAAGGUUCCCUUCUCCCUGCCUCUGCAUCGAACCAACCGCCAAGCUCGGCACGCUGCUAACGGCACCGACGACACCCAGACAGAGGAGGAGGCAGGGAGGGAGGUCGACAGAGAGGCAGAGACAGCAGAGGAGGAGAAUGGAGAGCAGAAGAUCAGCAAAGCUCCUGAGGAGGAGCCCAUUCCAACAGGAAGACCACGCCAACACGCAGGCCGGACGUCCCACUCCGAGCACAGGAGGAACAGAGUCCCAUCCCAACACUCCUUCUCGCGCGGCUCGUCCUCACCGGUCCUCGUUAACCGCCAGCGUUUUGACUGGAACUCCGUCACCGCUCCUCCUCCUCCUCCUCAGUCUCACCCUCUCUCUCCGGGCAGCUCUUCUCGUUUCACCUCUCCUCUCCACCGCCCCAACCUGGCUCACACAGAAAGGGAACCCCACCAGGGCUUCGGGCCCCAAGCCCCACCCGCCGGCAGCGUAUUCCCCUUACAACACCCGCACACGUCUUCCCACCUGGGAGCGGAGGCCAGCAGGCACGGUGGAGGCGACGCUCCUCGGCUGCUCAGGUGCUCGGGGCCGGAGAUGGAGUACCGCAGGUGCUUCUCACAGGUGUGUGGAGGAGGUGCGUUGGACUCCAGAGCAGAGCAGUGCUCGGCCUUUAACAACCAGGAGUUCAUGGGUCGCCUCUACAACUGGGAGCCUUUCACUGAAGCUGGUUUGGAGAAGCAGUGCGAGCUGACCUGCAGACCUGUCGGUUAUCGGUUUUAUGUUCGCCUGGCGGAGCGGGUCAGAGACGGCACGCCCUGCUUCAACACUAGUGCUAACGACGUGUGUGUGGAGGGACAGUGUCUGACUGAAGGUUGUGAUGGCAUUCUGGGUUCCAGUGCUGUGAUCGACAAGUGUGGAGUGUGCGGCGGGCGGGACCGCUCCUGUCGAAAGGUAACUGGAAGCUUACCAAAUGGCACCGUUCCCCUCGGCUACCACAAGAUCGUGGACAUCCCGGCGGGAGCCACGUUCAUUACCAUCACGGAGAGACGAGCGAGCCCCAACUACCUGGCGAUAAGGAGCGGCACCGGGGCGUCCGUGGUGAACGGGGGCUGGGCCGUCGAUGCUCCAGGAGAUUACCAGGCCGGUGGGACUACUUUUACCUACACCCAACCCAGAGCACAGGCGGAGGGGGAGGAAGAGAAAGGCGAGUCCCUGAGGGCGCGGGGACCCACCACAACACAGCUGCAGCUUUAUAUCAUUUACCAGAAGGAUAACCCCGGCGUCGACUACGAGUUUUACGUCCCGGUGGAGAACAAAGACAAACACAAGGAGAGGCUGCCGGAGAACGAGGAGCCCAGAGAGUCACCCAGGGAGAGAGCGAGGGAGCAGGAGCCAGUGAGGGCCCCGCUUCGCGGUUCCCUCACAGUGUCAGCAGAAAACCCUCCUCCAGUGUCAGAUCCUUCUUUCCACUCCUUGUCGUCCUCCUCGGCCUCCUCGCCUGCCUUCCCCCCUCCGUCCUUUGAUCGCUGGUCACCUGACAGGACACGCCCUCGGGGAUCCGCGCCCAAUAGAAACGCUCGGAUCCCCCCUCGGACUGACCUGCCGCCGGACACCCAGCUGCCGUUUGUGUGGAGGAGAGGCACCAUCACCGAAUGCUCUGCGACUUGUGGCAGAGGUUCCCAGCACAGAGUGGUAAUAUGUGUGAACCGACACACAGAGGAAGAAGUUGCAGAGGGGAACUGUGACUCUGCAGCCAAACCUGCUGCAGAGGAGGAGUCCUGUAACACACAACCCUGCCCUCCGUUCUGGGAGGCCAGUGCGUGGUCGGAGUGCAGCGUGUCCUGUGGGCCUGGUGUGCAGCAGAGGCAGCUGCAGUGCAGGCAGAGCUUUGGGUCUCGCUCCACCAUGGUCCACCCUCAGCGCUGCGCCCACCUCACCCAACCUGACUCCACGCAGGUCUGCCAGCUCCGCCUCUGCUCCCACUGGGAGGUCAGCACCAACUGGAGCACGUGCUCUGUGGACUGUGGCAUGGGAAGAAGAACACGCAGCGUGCGCUGCGUCAGCGAUCAGGGCAGCGUUGUGAACGAUAACGAGUGCAACUCUCGGCUCCGCCCAGAUGGAAGCGAGGAGUGCAACAUGGGGCCCUGCGUCACCAACUGGUACUUCACCGACUGGUCCAACACUUGUUCAGCACAGUGCGGCCCUGGGGUGCAGAAGAGAGAGGUGGUGUGUCUCACCCGGGGAGGGGUGAGAGAUGGAGGAGGAGGGGGCGACUGUGUUGCCGAAAAACCAGCAGAGCUGAAGGCCUGCAAUAAGGGGCCUUGUGUGCCAGUGAAGAUGUGGUACAGCAGCCCCUGGACAGAGUGUAAUGUCCAGUGCGGGGAUGGAAGCCAGCGACGGGAAAUCAUUUGUGUUCAGAAGUUGGGCAGUGACUUUACUGUCGUACCGUCUACUGAGUGCGCACAUCUGGAGAAGCCUGCAGCUGUCCAGGAGUGCAGUAUGGCGGAGUGUCGGCCUCAGUGGUUCACCACAGAAUGGAGCGCGUGUUCUCGUUCAUGUGGAAAAGGCUUACAGGUGAGAGAGGUUCGCUGUCUAACACCAGACAAAGAGCAAAGCCUAGCAUGCGAUCCCAGCACCAAACCUGAGCAGGAACAGAUCUGCAACACCAUUCCCUGCGGCCCGCAAGUUGCAGAUAAAAACUGUCGGGACAGGCGUGAUAAUUGCCUCAUGGUGGUGCAAGCCAGAAUGUGCGUCUACUCCUACUACAAGAUGGCGUGCUGCGCCUCCUGCACACAGAGCGCCCUGCGUGCCAAGAGGCACUGAACAGCCAGUUCACAGGAGGAGGGGGUAAAGGUCAAGGCAACCAAUCACCCCUGAAGGAUGAGUCUGCAGGAAUGUACAGUCCAGAGUUGACGUGGCAUUCACACAACAGUUAGCUAUUUCCUCCUGACUUUUUCAGGUAAAACACUGUGAAAACAGAUGAUUCCUUCUACUAGUACUCAGUCACAUGUGACAAACUGUGACCUCCUUCCUCUGAGCUAUCUUGACUUCUAUCUGCAGUAAACGAUGCACCAUUGGUGCUUGCUGUAAUUUACACUCAUUUCUGUGACUGUCAGGUUGUAGUGGAACAGUCUCACUGAGGACAUAGACACUUCAGCAGCUAACUUUGCCUUUUUCAACUUCCUUCCCAAUUCACGACGUGGCAAAUGUAAAUAAAAUAUAAUAUUGUUGGGUUGACUGUUCAGAAUCGUGUCCUGCAGUAUAAGUGCAGUGGAUCUGCUAGAGUAGCAGCUAUGAAACUGCUUCCUGCAAAGCUAGUAGGAUUUUACUUUACAUGUUGAAGCUCUUAUCCUGUUUGCCAAAAAAUACUUCUUAAAGUGUCCUUCUAUUCAGUACUUCGAACCAAAGGGGUGGGGUAAGCAUGACAGUAAGUGACCAAAUACAAGGCAAUGGAAAGAAGGAUGGGAGUCUCCAUAUAUAUGAUGGAUAAUUCACACAGAUGUCAUGACAGAACAGGUUCUUGUUUUUUGUUUUUGUUCUUUCCUGUGACGUAUCGUGUCUUUUCCCCUGAUUAAAAACUGCGUUGUCUUCUAGCAAUGUCUAAAACGCUAGAAAAAAAAGAUCUGAUCUAAAUAAUUCAUAUACUUAAAUCCAAGAAGAAUGAUUCCCCUCAACAUACUUUGCUUAAAUUGUGAGGUUUUCUGCUUCUAAAAGGAACCCAAAUGACUUUCAAAAGCAGGCAGUGGCGCCACCUAUAUGUGAGGACUGAUGAUUGCAGUUCAUUUCUUUCUUUUUCUUUUUUUUUAAACAAAUCUGAAGAUCUGUCAAGAACUUUAAUUAUUCAUAUAAAGUCUGAUCUAACAAUUGCUUAUUCCACUUAUUUCUACUUUAUAUUUCCAAACAAUGACCUCAUCUGAGCUACAUCAGCUAGAAGAGAAGAAAAAAAGAAAUAACUUCUUAAAACAUCUGGGCAGAAUGUGUUCUGCAACAUAAAUUACAGCAUACAGAUUAAUUGAGUUACUUUCUAAAGUAAGGUUAGUUUUUGAUAAUGCAGAAAACCCUUUCUGACAGCGUCAAAUGCACAUGUUUUUUGGAUUAUGAGCUCUGAAGGGCCUUUCAACAACUUCGUACCUUCUGAUCUUUUUGUUUUGUUACAUUACAACCAGAAAUAUCAAAGCUUUUUACCAGGAUUUUAUGUGUGAGACCAAGUAGGACAUCAUUCUGAAAUAGUAUCUCUAACCAGGUUCCACCUAUUGAGAAAUGCAUGGCCACAGCAUAAUCCUUCCACCACCAUGCUUCACAGAGAGGAUGGGAUGUUUAAGGAUGUUCAUUUUUCUCCAAUGCUUAUGCUUUUAUGACCUCACCCAGCUUUAAAAAUCUCCAUGCAGCUUUAUAUUUGACCUGUCUCCAUGACGCAGUUCAUUCACUAUUGUUCUCUAAUGUACUUCUCAGUACUUCACAGAACAGCUGGAUUAAAAUUAAAUUAAAUUACUUCUAAAUUGUUUUCUAAAAUGAGUUGUAGGGGAAUUACAGUAAAGAGGUUUUCAGAUUUUUAUUUACAAAGAAAUGUAUUCCCUCCAUAUCACAAUUAUGUACCACUUUAUGUUGGCCUAUCACACAAAAUCUCAAUAAGAAAUACUGUGACUUUGGUUGUAAUGUGACAAAACUCUGCAAGUUGCUGUAUAAUAUAAUAUUCUACAACUUGUUGCUGUAAACCUCUGCAUCUCGUCACCUUCUUUGGAGAGGAUGAUGAAGUCAGAAUCUCAGUGAGACUGGAAAAGCUGCUUUCUUUCAUGCAAUACUCUUUUAAUCACUCUCACUAUAUGAUAUGGAUCAAGUGCUUUUUUUUAUGCUUUUCAAUAUUUUGCACAUCAAAGAUGCAAACUCUGUAUAAAGUGUGAGUACUGUUUGACCUUCUUUCCCUUUCCUUCACCUCCCACGCCUCCCAACGUGACAAACUCACGCCCCGUCAAACAAGAGGAAUCUGUAUAUUUGUCAGAUAUGUUUUAAUGUCUGUAAUUAUUUUUAAGCAUUUACCCUUUAAUGUUAGUUAUCUGGCGUGCCGUUGCACUCCUCAUAUACCCAUAUCUAACUAAUAAAUAAGUGACAUAA